AUGCUUAAAAUGAAAGCCAAAUGGUCUGAAAUAGAAUUAUCUACCCUGUCAGUUAAAUCUUCCCAAACUUACCAGAUAAAACAUCCCAUGUGUCCUGGGAGAAAAAGCAAGCAAAAAAAAAGGCUAAAGCAAAUAUGGCUAAUUAGAUUGUUUACGUCAGAUCUUCAAGAUAAAAAUGAAUACAAGGUUUUAGAGGGCCAUUCAGAUUUCAUUAAUGGUUUGGUGUUUGACCCCAAAGAAGGCCAAGGAAUUGCAAGUGUCAGUGAUGAUCAUACCUGCAGGAUUUGGAACUUGGACGGAGUACAGACAUCUCAUUUUGCUCUUAAUUCCCCUGGAAUGAGUGUGUGCUGGCAUCCUGAGGAAUCUUUUAAGCUGAUGGUUGCAGAGAAGAAUGGAACAAUCCGAUUUUAUGGUCUUAUGUCCCAACAGGCUAUUUUAUCUCUUGAAUCAGAACAGAUACCAUUAAUGUCAGCACACUGGUGUUUAAAAAACACCUUCAAAGUUGGAGCUGUUGCAGGGAAUGAUUGGCUAAUUUGGGAUAUUACUCGAUCCAGUUACCCUCAAGUGAAGAGACCUGUCCACAUGGAUCGAGCCUGCAUAUUUAGGUGGUCCACAAUUAAUGAAAAUUUGUUUGCAACCACUGGUUAUCCUGGCAAAAUGGCAAGCCAGUUUCAAAUUCAUCAUUUAGGACACCCUCAGCCCAUCCUCCUUGGUUCAGUAGUCGUUGGAUCUGGCCUUUCCUGGCAUAGAACUCUCCCACUAUGUGUAGUUGGAGGCGACCACAAGCUGUUGUUUUGGGUAACUGAAAUGUGAAAUAAAUUUCUGUCUAGCUUGGA